AUGUCGGCCUCCCAUGCCGGCAGGAGGAGGCACCACAGCGUGCGCUUCACCCUCAGAGAGGUAGAUGGAAAAGUACUGGCUUUUUCCCGCCUGGACUUUUCCAGACACUUGGUACAGAAGGCCCUCGGCUUCAAACCCGAGGAUCUUAAUUGCAUCCUGUCUCUGCCCUUCAACAAAGGGUUUGAUGUGAGCUUCAAGUCUGAAGCUAAGUGGAAGGACUUUUGGGCCAAGUACUCUGGGGUGAAAUCCCAGUUUAAUGCAUUCUUGGUGGAGGGCCUGGUGGACAAUUCACUGAAACAUGUGAUUGUCCGAAUGUUCAAUGAAACUGUGAAUGCAGAGGACAUUUGUCUGUGGCUGGGUAGACACUGCACGGUGAAGGGCCAGGCUAUCAAGGUCAGAGAUGUGGACGGCAUUUGGACAGGCAGCUGGAGGGUCCCCAUUCAACAAUGGCUGGACCCCCAGGGCUACCAAGGCCUGAAGCACCUGCCUAGUGUGAUAGUUCUGGGAGACAACCGUGGCUACAUACACUACCAAGGACAACCCAAGCUCUGCCGGCGUUGUGGGGAGCACGGGCACUUAGUGGAAGCAUGCACUCAAGUGGUCUGCGGUAAGUGUAGAGAAAUUGGGCACACUUUUGACCAGUGUACCAAUGGCAGAAAGUGCAAUCUCUGUGGUGACCUGGGUCACCUCUUUAGAGAUUGCCCAAAAUCUUUUGCCAACAAAUUGAAGGCCGGGAACAGAAAGAUGGAAACUGAAUGUGGACAGGAGGGUGGACAAGAUGGCGGACCAACUGAAGAGUUGAUUGGAGAGGUCGGCCUGGGAAAUUCAAAUCUCCCGCCAAAACCCCCUACUGGAGGAGAGGAGAGGGGUGAGGCGGGAGAGGGGGAGGGGCCUGUGGAGGCUCCUCCCACACAAAAGGAGGGGGAGCUGGGGCCUGUGGAGGCCACUCCCACACAGAGGCUGGUGGAGAAGCAGAGGCCUGAAGCUCCUCCCACCCACACCAUGGUGGAGGGGGAUCAAGAGGCCCCGCCCCCAGUGGAGAAACACCAGCCAAACCUAAAAAAGGCUGUGGGGGAGGGGGACCCUCUUGACCCCCUAAACAAAUGCCUGAGCCUCCUGUUAAAAGAACCCAACAACCCCAAGAGGCCUUUGUCAGAGUCGUCCUCUGGAAAUGAAGAUUUCCCAGAGAAGAGGGGGAGAGCUGGGUCUCCUUCGGACAAGGGAUUGAUUCACCCGGAUCAAGCCUGUGCCGUCCCCGGGAGGAGGAUCACCGACAGCCUCGUACUGAUCCGAGACACCAUCUGUUAUGCGAGAGACAGAAACAUUCGGCUAGUAGUCCUAAAUCUAGACUUUGAGAAAGCCUUCGAUCGGGUCUCACACCAGUACCUCUUUGAGGUGCUGCGAAAAGUGGGUUUACCUGACAGGUAUAUAGAGUGGGUGGGGCUGCUAUACCGUGGGAUCAGCAGCAGAUUCAUUGUUAACGGGCAUUUGACAAAGGCAGUGCAAAUCAACUGCGGUGUCCGUCAGGGCUGUCCGUUAUCUGCCCUCCUGUACAUACUUUGCAUCGAGCCGCUGGCACAGGUCUUGAGAAGGGACCAACAAAUCAGGGGGGUGGGCAUCCCGGGUGGGGGGGGGCUCACCGCCAAAUGUGUUUUAUAUAUGGACGACGUGAAUGUUUUAUGCACCGACCUUUUAUCCGUCAACAGGACUCUGGACUUGACUGACUGGUUUGGACUGGCCUCUGGGUCUAAGCUCAACAGAGCGAAGACCCAAGCCCAAUUUUAUGGACCGUGGACCCCCGACGAGACUGCUGGACUCCCCUUGAUCGUGACCCAAGGACAAAAAAUACUGGGAAUCAGGAGAGCGAUUUUAAACCUGGAGCGGGCGGGGUUUUAUUUUAUCUGGGGCUCCAAGUGGGAGCGGGUGAGGAGGGAGGUCCUGAAGAAGCCAAAGGAGAAAGGAGGCAAAGGCGUGCCGGACCUCCCUCUGUUCCUUGGCGCCCGCUUCACCGCCCUUCACCUCGCUCUGGCGACGAGCCCAUCCAGAAACCCCAAGACUAUGGCUUUUACAAGAUUCUGGAUGGGCUCCUUUUUAAGAAGGAAAAAGGUUUUACCCAUUGACCUGAGAGUCCCUGUGUCUUUUAACCUGCCCUUGUUUUACGCUUUUAUUCGCACCUUUUUAAAGCGUUUUAACCUGGAGCAGGAGGAGUUGCAGGUUUUAACUAAACAUCGUCUUUUAAUCUCCUGUGUGCAGGAGCGGGAACCAGUGAGUCCGGUGCGCGGGCUCGCAAUUGGUGAGCCCUCCGAGGUUUGGCGCAAUGUGAACCAUCCUGCUCUGCCAAACAGACUCCGGGACCUGUCCUGGAUGGUAGCUCAUGAGGUCCUCCCAGUCAGGUCCGUCAUGCACUCCCGGGGCCUCCUACAGUCCGCAACCUGUCCCCGGCCGGGUUGUGGCGCGCCCAAGUCGGUGAGACACUUGCUCUGGGAGUGCAGCGCCGCCGUCGACCAGUGGGCAACAGCCGGCUCCUUACAAUUCCCGUACCUACCAGCAGGGAAGGUCCUCACAGCACAGCUGAUGCUGUACGGGGUGGGCCUAAGUCCAAAUUCUAAAAAGGACUUCACAAGAAUCUGGCUCACCCUCGCCGCCACCAAAGACGCCACAUGGACCUCCAGAAACCUGCUGGUAGGAAGGCACAUGCAGAUCCCCCCCGUGGCUGUGAUCCGGAUGGCAGCAGCCACAGUCCGAGAGGCUGUGGCUGCAGGCGGCGGGCCCUAG